AUGAAAAAAGAUGGAGAAGCAAGGCAGCAUAAGAAUUGAUAUAUUUACUGAUUAAAAAUAAAAGCUCAGUCCAAUAGAAGUUACGUUUUAUAUUGCAGAGAAUGAAAAUCCCAUCUAUUUUUAAGACUUCUUCUAAUUUGAAAUAUGCUGAUUUUAAGACAUGCAUACAUUGGCAAUAUCCAAUUAAAGGUUUUCAUCAGCAAAAAACUGGCAAAUGCUCAACAUUUGCAGAUUUUCCAAUUUUUUGAAAAUAGAAAUGGAAUUCACUUUGUUAAAGAAAGUGAGCCUUAA